UACCAUCAGCUCUGAUAGAGAACAGCUCAGGUUGCAGAGAAGAUAGAGAGAGAGUGAUUUGGCGUACACACCUGCUGGUUGUAAAUCCAAACACUUUGAAAUCUUUAAAAACUGUUAAAACCUAACUUGUCUGAGAUGGAAUCUACACUUCAAAUCGGUGAAACCCUACACAGCAGCUCGUCUGCUUACUCCAUCCUGGACUUUAUCGGUGAAGGCUGCUUUGGCAAAGUGGCCAAGUGCCUGAAUAUCAGCACUAAUGACACAGUGGCCAUUAAAAUUCUCAAGCAGGACUCUACUGCCAUCCUGGACGCAGAGAGAGAGCUCGCCAUGUUAGAUCUCAUCUCUGUGCGUGAUCCAGACCUCAUUAAUGUGGUGAAGUUCUUGGAGAGGUUCGAACAUUUGGGACAGACCUGUCUGGUAUUUGAGAUGCUGGAAACGGAUCUUCAAAACCUGCUCAGCUUCGGACCUAUGUCUGUGAAAGCCAUCCGGCCAAUGGCUCAGCAGCUGUUGGUCGCCCUGGACGCCCUGAAGGAUUUAGGUAUCCUGCACACGGACAUUAAACCAGACAACGUCAUGCUGGUCAGCGACUCCCCGCCCAUCAGGGUGAAGCUUAUUGACUUUGGUUUAGCCACUCCUGUCUCAGGACUCAAGCAUGGGCAGAUAUGUCAGCCAAUUGGGUACAGGGCUCCAGAAGUUUUCCUCGGCCUGCCCUUCAAUGAGGCUAUCGAUGUGUGGGGACUGGGCUGUCUUCUGGCCUGCCUCUACCUUGGGGGCCAUCCUUUUCCUGGCCACUGUAACUAUCAGAUGAUGAAGACUAUGAUUGAGUUUUUGGGCCAGCCAGAGGACUACCUGCUCAACGCUGGAGGAUACACCUGCAACUUUUUCACGAAGAAGUAUGACAAGACUGACCCUCCAACAUGGAGGCUGCUGACGCCCGAGGAGUACCAAAUAAAGAAUGGCGUCCCACCUCAGGAGUAUGAGAGCAUGCUGCCCAGCUCUCUGGAGGCUCUGGCUCAUUUCCACCCAGUGGACGACCCUGCAGAGCUUGAGGACAGGUUAGCCUUUGCAGACCUUUUGAAAGGUCUGCUGCAUCUUGACGGAGCUAUGAGGAUCUCUCCCCGUCAAGCUCUGCAGCAUCCCUUCAUCACCAUGUCCCACCUAGCCAAGCACUCUGACAGCUCAGACUAUCCAACCAUGGCCAGAGAGAUGAUGGGAACACCCCCAAAUUCUGACCAGGAGUCAACUGCUGGAUCUGAGGAUGAAGAUAAAGAAAUUAAAUCUACACUUAAGGUCGGUGAAACCCUGUGCAGUGGCUCGUCAGAUUACUCCAUCCUGGACUUUAUCGGUGAAGGCUGCUUUGGCAAAGUGGCCAAGUGCCUGAAUAUCAGCACUAAUGACACAGUGGCUAUUAAAAUUCUCAAGCAGGACUCUACUGCCAUCCUGGACGCAGAGAGAGAGCUCGCCAUGUUAGAUCUCAUCUCGGUACACAAUCCAGACCUCAUUAACGUGGUGAAGUUCUUGGAGAGGUUUGAACAUUUGGGACAGACCUGUCUGGUAUUUGAGAUGCUGGAAACGGAUCUUCAAAACCUGCUCAGCUUCGGACCUAUGUCUGUGAAAGCCAUCCGGCCAAUGGCUCAGCAGCUGUUGGUCGCCCUGGACGCCCUGAAGGGUUUAGGUAUCCUGCACACGGACAUUAAACCAGACAACGUCAUGCUGGUCAGCACCUCCCCGCCCAUCAGGGUGAAACUAAUUGACUUUGGUUUAGCCACUCCUGUCUCAGGACUUAAGCAUGGGCAGAUAUGUCAGCCAAUUGGAUACAGGGCUCCAGAAGUUUUCCUUGGCCUGCCCUUCAAUGAGGCUAUCGACGUGUGGGGACUGGGCUGUCUUCUGGCCUCCCUCUACCUUGGGGGCCAUUCUUUCCCUGUCCACUGUAACUAUCAGAUGAUGAAACAUAUAAUUAAGUUUUUGGGCCAGCCAGAGGACUACCUGCUCAACGCUGGAGGAUACACCAGCAAUUUUUUCACGAAGGUGUAUGACAAGACUGACCCUCCAACAUGGAGGCUGCUGACGCCUGAGGAGUACCAAAUAAAGAAUGGCGUCCCAACUCAUGAGUGUAGGAGCAUGCUGCCCAAAUCUCUGGACGCUCUGGCUCAUAUCUACCAAGUGGACGACCCUGCAGAGCUUGAGGACAGGUUAGCCUUUGCAGACCUUUUGAAAGGUCUGCUGCAUCUUGACGGGGCUAUGAGGAUCUCUCCCCGUCAAGCUCUGCAGCAUCCCUUCAUCACCAUGUCACACCUGGCCAAGCACUCUGACAGCUCAGACUAUCCAACCAUCGCCAGAGAGAUGAUGGGAACACCCCCAAAUUCUGACCAGGAGUCAACUGCUGGAUCUGAGGAUGCCAGAGCCCCCUGCUUUGGGGAUGAACAUACAGAAACCUCAGGAACAUCUGACCUUUCCGAUGAAGAGGCUAUACCUCCACACUACCAGGCAAGCAGAGAUAUUUACUCUCCCCCCAUUGAUAAUGACAAUGAAGACCUUUCUUAUGAAAAGGCAACACACCCAAACUACCAGACCAGGAUAGAGAUCAACUCUCCCCCCAUUGAUAAUGACAAUGAAGACCUUUCUUAUGAAAAGGCAACACACCCAAACUACCAGACCAGGAUAGAGAUCAACUCUCCCCCCAUUGAUAAUGACAAUGACGACCUGUCUGAUGAAGAGGCAGUACCUCCACACCACCAGCCCAGGAGAAAGAUUUACUCUCCUCCCAUUGAUAAUGACAAUGACGACCUGUCUGAUGAAGAGGCAGUACCUCCACACCACCAGCCCAGGAGAAAGAUUUACUCUCCCCCCAUUGAUAAUGACAAUGACGACCUGUCUGAUAAAGAGGCAGUACCUCCACACCACCAGCCCAGGAGAAAGAUUUACUCUCCCUCCAUUGAUAAUGACAAUCAAGACCUGUCUGAUGAAGAGGCACUACCUCCAUACUACCAGACCAGCAGUGAGCUCAACUCUCCCCCCAUUGAUAAUGACAAUGAAGACCUUUCUUAUGAAAAGGCGACAACCCCAAACUACCAGACCAGGAUAGAGAUUUACUCUCCCCCCAUUGAUAAAGACAAUGAAGACCUGUCUGAUGAAGAGGCACUACCUCCAAACUACCAGACCAGGAUAGAGAUUUACUCUCCCCCCAUUGAUAAUGACAAUGAAGACCUGUCUGAUGAAGAGGCACUACCUCCAAACUACCAGACCAGGAUAGAGAUUUACUCUCCCCCCAUUGAUAAUGACAAUGAAGACCUGUCUGAUGAAGAGGCACUACCUCCAAACUACCAGACCAGGAUAGAGAUUUACUCUCCCCCCAUUGAUAAUGACAAUGAAGACCUGUCUGAUGAAGAGGCACUACCUCCAAACUACCAGACCAGGAUAGAGAUUUACUCUCCCCCCAUUGAUAAUGACAAUGAAGAUCUGUCUGAUUUAGGGGUGAUACCUCCAAACUACCAGACCAGGAUAGAGAUCAACUCUCCCCCCAUUGAGAAUGAUGAUGAAGACCUGUCUGAUGAAGAGGCUAUACCUCCACACUACCAGACCAGGAGAGAGAUUUACUCUUCCCACAUUGAUAAUGACAAUGAAGACCUUUCUUCUGAAGAGGCACUACCUCCAAACUACCAGACCAGGAUAGAGAUCAACUCUCCCCCCAUUGAUAAUGACAAUGGAGAACUUUAUGAAAAGGCAACACACCCAAACUAUCAGACCAGAAUAGAGAUCAACUCUCCCCCCAUUGAUAAUGACAAUGAAGACCUGUCUGAUUUAGAGGCGAUACCUCCAGACUACCAGACCAGGAUAGAGAUUUACUCUCCCCCCAUUGAUAAUGACAAUGAAGACCUGUCUGAUGAAAAGGCGACACCCCCAAAAUACCACACCAGGAUAGAGAUCAACUCCCCCCCCAUUGAUAAUGACAAUGAAGACCUUUCUUAUGAAAAGGUGACACCCCCAAACUUCCAGACCAGGAUAGAGAUCAACUCUCCCCCCAUUGAUAAUGACAAUGAAGACCUCACUUAUGAAAAGGUGACACCCCCAAACUUCCAGACCAGGAUAGAGAUCAACUCUCCCCCCAUUGAUAAUGACAAUCAAGACCUGUCUGAUGAAGAGGCGAUACCUCCAAACUACCAGACCAGGAUAGAGAUCAACUCUCCCCCCAUUGAUAAUGACAAUGAAGACCUCACUUAUGAAGAGGCACUACCUCCAAACUACCAGACCAGGAGAGAGAUCAACUGUCCCCCCAUUGAUAAUGACAGUAAAGAAGAAAUACCAUCCUCGAUGUUCAAUGUGCAAGAAGUGGACCCAUUCCUAGAUGGAGCUGAACAAACCGACCUCGCCCCUCCUCCCUUGACCUCCUCAAGGCGCACCAACAAAAUGAUGAAGAGGAUUUGCAAGUUCUUCCGGAGAGUCAAGAGGGCCUUUUGUUGUCGCUGUCGAGUGAAGGAUGAUUGAGUGUGUGCUAUUUGUGCUGAUGUCAUUCUGCUGUGUCAACACAAUUCAAUACUUCUACUGUUUCAUGUCAAACUAAAAAUAUUGCAUUUAAAAAAAAGUUUCAAUA